UCAUCAAAGGACCUCUCGCAGACUCUACAAGUUAAUCAGGGAGGUAGCAGGAACCUUGAAGCCCUCAGAGACCACCAGUUACACAGAGACACACAGAGAGACCAACAGAAAACCGCCUGAAUAAACCUACUUGUGGGGUUCGAAAUGACGUGGCGUGAGCUACGUAGUCGGCAAUUCUGGCACGCCAUGCUGGCAGAGCUCCUCGGCACCCUGGUGUUGGUGAGCGCUGUGCUGGGUGCCUCUGUGCCAGGCCCUGGAGAUGCCCCUGGAGGACCCCUGUAUCCAGCGGUGGCAGUGGGUGUGGUGAUUGUAGCACUGGGACACUGUUUUGGAGAAAUAAGUGGGGCACAGGUGAACCCUGCUGUGACUCUGGCUCUGUUGGCCACACGGCGGCUGGAUGUUCUCCGGGCCCUCGUUUAUAUCAUCGCUCAGUGUUUGGGGGCCUUCUUAGGAGCUGGGGCCCUGUACCUGGCCCUGCCGUUUAAAACCACAGCAGAGCACUUUGUCAACAGGGUACCUUUAGAGCUGAAUGCAGCCAAGGCUCUGGGCAUCGAGGUCUUGUGCACCUUCCAGAUGGUCUUCACCGUCUUCUCAGUAGAGGACCAGCGAAGGAGGGAAAGCCCAGAACCAGGAAACCUGGCCAUUGGACUAGCACACACUGCUGGUGUGCUGAUAGGGGCUCGGUUCUCUGGCGCGAGUAUGAAUCCCGCCCGCUCGCUGGGUCCAGCCAUCAUCACAGGCUUCUGGGAAGACCACUGGGUUUACUGGAUCGGGCCGGUGCUCGGGGCUAUACUGGCAGGGAUGUCCCAUGAGUUCUUCUUUGCACGCAGCGCCUCUCGUCAGAAGCUGGUGGCCUGUUUGACCUGCAAGGACAUCGAGAUCGUGGAGACGGCAAGCAUGACCGGAUCGUCGCUGUCUACAGUCACACAGAAUGCCAUGAGAGCCAAGCAGGCCAGCAAGCAGGAAAACAACUGAAGGGACGUGCACCAAAAAAGCACACUGCGAUUUUUAAAAAGAUGCACUGGUGUACACAUGAUCAAAGUAAAUGGUGAUGGGGACAAAAGAAAAGGAAGAAGGUGUGUCAAAGGAUGAAAUUUAUCUCACAUGACAUGCUGUAAUAUACAAAAGCAGACAUGAGUGCUCGAUAAUCCAAAGGAGGAAAAUAUUGUACAUUCAGUGAAAUGACCAUUUAGAGUUUAAUGUCAUCUAAUGGCAAUCUUAACAUCCUGAUAAAGAAGCCGUUUAACUCUUGAACUGCAAUUUGAGUGUGGCCAUACAGAGACCCGUCUAUUAACUGCAAAACUGAUGGCUUAAUACCCAGGUUGUGAGUGUUGGCGCACCAAAAUGCACCACAAUGGGAUAUAAUUA